AUGCGGACAAAUCACACUGCCUGCGUGUUGCUUCUCUUCCUGAGAUGCGCAGAAGUUACUCCUUUUGGCAUCCUUCCAGAAUUUCGACCGAACUUGCCACCACGCCAUGUCAAUGGACGGGCAAAGACGACACACCCGUUCUCCUCCCCUCACCGUAACGGAAAAUCAGACACCCCAUCAGUAAAUAUAAAAAGAAAUAAUUUCUUGGAUGCUCAGGCAGAAAAUAACGUAGAUUAUGUGUACGGGGUAAAUUCGGUGUCCUCUGUCUUGGUGAAGAACGAGCGCACCAUUCACAGUGUCCUGGUGAACGAACACAUCCGGCUAAACAAAAAAACGCGCAAGCAGGCGUACCAGUACAUAUUCGACACGAUAAAAAAACGGAAUAUCCCAAUAAGAACGACGAGCAAGAAGAAGAUGGACGACCUGGUCGGCGGCUUCCCACACAAUGAUAUCAUCAUGGAGACCACCUAUCGUACUAUGAAAAAGGCCAAACACUUCCUCAAGGAUUAUCCACAGAAGGAGAAACGCUCAAACAUUUACAUCUGCCUUCAUGAUAUUGACACUCCUGUCCUCCAUUCCAGUGUUGGCACUUCCGAGUUCUUGGACUUCUUUCACGUGAAUAACAUGCUCACCUUUAUGGACGACUUAAAAAGCUGCGGUUUUAAAAUACUUUCCACCUGCUGCCACCCAAACGACUCCAUCCCGAACGACCGCCUCCAAGAAUUAGCAAACGUGCAGAUGAACAAGAACGAAAAAAUUUUUAUAAUCCUAGGAAAUGAGACCAAAGGAUUGAGCAAGGAAAUCUUAGAGAAAUCGGAUAUCUGUAUUUACAUAAAUGGGCAUCGUACAGAAGUGGCUCCUACACCUGACUUGAACCAUAAUGGAGAAUUUACCUUAGACAGUCUCAACGUAAAUAAUGCCUGCGCAAUCCUACUGCAUCACUUUACCUCUCAUUCGUCGUAA